AUGAAGUCAUCUGAUCCUUUUCCAAGGUGUGGGGCUAAUGAUGAUUUCCAUAUGAAUAUGAUUCAAGGAUUGUGUUUGGGAGAUAGGAAGUCAUGGCCGUGGUAUGGUCCUGAUCCAGAUUGGGAUAAGGAAUAUAUGAAAGCAGGAGGUGAAAAUUGGUUGCAGAUAGCCCCUCAUUGGUUUCCUUGUAGUGUAACAGGAAAGGUUUUAAAGGGAGCUGGCUAAGAGAAAGGGAAAUGUUGACAGUGAUACCAUCCGCUUUCCCAUAGAAGCCCCUCCUGAAAAUCUAUAUCCACCACCAAUUGUGCCCCCUACACAGUCAGCCCCCAGCCAUGCCCAACCACAACCCCCACCUCCCUAUAAACCAAUGUAUCCUGCUGUACCUAAUGCCCCCUCAGAGGAUGAUAUAGAAGAUAUUUGUAUUGCUGCAGCUGUUAAUUCACAAUCACAGCAAUUACAGGAAUCAUCAUCUACACCAGAUUCUGAUAUAGAAUAUCCACCGCCACCUCCCGGUACAAUUAAAUUAACAGUACAAACAGGAGUUAAACUUAAAAGUGUCAAGGUGUUAAAAUCAUAUGUACAUAUGCAAGGUGAUGAUUAUGUAGAAAUGCUAGAAUUAGAAGGUGCUGAUCUUACUACCCCGUUCAUGACUGUUGGUAAUCAGUUAAUAAUGAAGCCCAUUAAUCCCAGAGUACUCAAUGACAUUAUUCAAGGUGCCCCAAACCCCCGUACUAAUCCUUCUGCAUGCCUAAAGCAUGCUCUGUAA